UUUUUUUUUCUUGUAAUAAAUAUUAAUUAUUGAUAAUCAAUUGGGAAAAAUCCCAUAUUUUUUUUCCCGUGUCAACACUGAUGUUAUUGUAUUAUGCCGGUAUUAAAAUGUGGUUAUUAUCUUUUAUCAGUGAGUGGUAUCGUCUUAAGUAAUAUGCCAUUAUAAUGGCAGUUGGGCCUUGGGCGUUUACAACAUUUUGUGAUAACCGAUAAUAUUAUUAUUCAUGUGCACGUGCAUUUUGCCGCUGUAAUUAGUUAUCAUUUAUCGUUAUUCUCCGAAUCUCGUCCGGUACUCCAACGAGUAACUCGUUGUUACGUUACGAAUUCUGUUUCUAUUGCUUAGUGAAGAAUAUCAACUAUAUUAGUAAGUAUUCUUUUAAUUAAACCACAUAGGUAGAUAGUUUUAAUCAGUUGAUUCAAUUUAAUUUAUGUUAUAAACUCUAGUUUGUAAUGUUAAAAAAGCAGCAGCAACUGCCCUACGGAGACAUCAUCGAAUUGCUAGGUGAUGGGAGAGAUUCAGAACUAUCAUCAUUGUCAGGCGACGACGAUGAUUUUGUUGAUGACAAUGAAUACCCUCGUUCAGAAAUCGAAAAGUCUAGCAAAGAACAAAUGUUUGAAAAUGUACUUGAUGAUUUUGAACUGUUUGAUUUCGAAGAUGAUGAAGAUUUCAACGUUUUUGGCAUAAAUAAUGAAACAGUUGAAGAUGAACAUGAACCACUGCAACAAGGUGAACAGCAAUCAGAUAACAAUGCUUAUGCUAGGCCAAGUACACCUGCAAUACCACCACAUCAUAUAGCAAUAAGACCUGUAGUUGAACACGGACUACACCUCAAUAACCUACCAUAUUACACAAAAAAUGAAAUUAAAUGGUCAAAUAGACCAUUUGUCAGUAGUUUCUUAAAGAUUUCGCCACCAGCUCCAGAAUUAUCAACUACUUAUAGGACUCUAUCACCAAUAGAAUAUUUCAGUAAAUAUUUUCCUGAGGAAGAGUUUGAAAAUAUGGCCAAGUACACAAAUAUUUAUGCCAAACAAAAUAAUUUCAUAAAUUAUGUAGAUACUACACCUUCAGAAAUGAAGGUGUUUGUGGGUAUACAUUUGAAAAUUGGUUGUCAAAAACCUAGUAGAAUAAGAUUAUGUUGGACUAAUGACGACAGAGUAAAUAUAAUUGCUGAUAAUAUGUCUCGAAAUCGUUUUUUUCAGUUGAGGUCUUGUUUUCAUGUAAUGAAUAAUGAUGACAUUCCUGAAAACAAUGUUGAUAAAUUUAUAAAAGUUAGACCACUUUAUAAUUCUUUUUUAAAACGUUGUAAAGAAUUGCCAGUAGAAACUAAUCUAGCUGUAGAUGAGCAAAUGGUCAAAUUUAAAGGGAAAUUAGGUGUCAAACAAUAUAUGAAAGGCAAACCCUGCCCUUGGGGUAUUAAAAAUUUUUUACUCUGCUCUGCUAAUGGUAUGGUUUACAAUAUGAUUUUAUACCAGGGCAGUUCAACUGAAAUAAAUCAUGAAAUACAAAAAAAAUAUGGCCUCGGGGGUUCCAUAGUUUUACAAUUAGUUGAACACAUAGAUAAAAAUGAACAUUAUUUAUAUUUUGAUAAUUAUUUUAGUUCUUACAAUCUAUUUACAUCACUUGAUUGUUUGGGAAUUAAAGCAGCUGGGACAAUUAGACUUAAUCGUUUUGCUAAUCCUCCAGUUGUGAGCGAUAAAGAGCUAAAUACAUUAGGAAGAGGAGCCUCAUAUGAAGUUACCUCAACAGAUGGAAAAGUUGGUCUGAUUAAAUGGUUGGAUAACAAAUCUGUUACUCUCGCUUCUAACUUUGUGACUUCAGGCAGCCCAGAUAUUAUUAAACGAUAUGAUAAAAAAAAUAAAUCUUAUGUUGAAGUAUGUCGCCCUGAAAUUGUAAAAUUGUAUAAUGAUUCAAUGGGUGGGGUGGAUUUGCAUGAUCAACUCAUUAGCUACUACAGAGUAUUUAUAAAAUCUAGAAAAUGGACUUUGCGUAUGCUCUUUCAUUCCUUUGAUAUGGCCACUUGUAAUUCAUGGUUAGAAUAUAGAAAUGAUGCUGAAGCAAUAAAUUUACCAAAAAAAAAAGUAAUGGACUUAUUAGGCUUUAAGCAAAAUUUAGCUUCAACAUUAAUUUCUAUAGGGAGUUCUGUAGUAACACCUUCCAGAAAACGAGGGCGCCCGUCGUCAUCUAACAAAAUUAUAGUUCAACCUAAACCUCGCACAAAAAAUCGUUUAAUUGAUAGAUACCCUACUGAUGUGAUAAGAAAAGAUAACAUUGGCCAUUAUGUAUACAUAGAUAACUUGAGAGAUGCCACAUUCUGUAAAUUAGAGGGGUGUAAAAAAAGAACCCAUAUGGCAUGCAAAAAAUGCAAUGUCCAUUUAUGUAUUACUAAGACAAGGAAUUGUUUUUUUGAUUAUCAUAAUUAAAUAUUUAAAUCUUAUUAUAAUUAUGUACCUAAGUUUAUAUAUAUAAUUAUUAACAAUGUAACAGAUGAUCUUUUAUUUUAUAUUUAUUUACCUAAUGUUAUUACUACUUAGAAGGAUGUUUUUUAUUUGUUUUAUCGUUUUAUGUAACUGCAAAGACUGCCACAGUAUAACCAUUGUGAUAAUGAUUAUAAACUUUAUUUUUUAUUGUCUUAUUUAAUUUUAUAUUAAUUGUUCUAAUUUUUAAUUUUUAAAAAUUGUUAUUUAUAUUUUGUUUUUACGAAUAAAGAUUAUUCAUAUGAUGUAGUGCGUUAUACGUUAAAGCCCAAUUGCCAUUAAAAUGGUAAUGUAAGUUAUUAUAUUUAACGCCCAAAUGCUAUUAUAAUGACAAGUCACCAAAACUGAAGUUUGGGUAGUCAAAAAAUUUCAAAAUUCGAAAUUUCUCUUAAUUUAAGUAUGUUUUAUGUAAAGAAGACAUAAAUUAUUUUUUUUUAUCAUCAGAUCAUAAUUCGGGUCUGAAAGGGUUAAGCACAUAUUUUUGCAGUUUUUUUAGCAUACUUUUAUGUUUUCUGCAUUUUAAUUUGACAUUAUUCGAAAUUAAAGUAAUGUUACUAUACUGAUAUUAAUAUUAUUAUAAUAUAUAUAAUAUAUAUAUAUAUAUAUACAUUUCUUUUUUAAUUAAACUCUGUGUAAAAAAAAACAAUAACAAUAACAACCGACUCAUUUAACAUUUAAUUUUAACACACAUAAAGUUAACUUUAGGUUUAUAAUUAUAUCAAAAUGUGAUUUACAGUCAAAACGCUAAUUUACCAAACUCAUCAACAGUACUAAUGCCUAAUCAUGUUUUACGUGCGAUAACUACUGUCACAUUAUCGUUAUCAUUUACAGCAUUGUUGAAAGUCAAAAACGUAAUAUUGUACAUAAAUUCCACAGUAAUAUUAUAGGUACCUGCCAAGUAAUAACGAAAUAUUAAUAGUAAUAGAAAUAGCAAUAGCAAUAUUCUUAAUGAUAGUAAUUAGUAAUAAUAUUAAUACGAUUAGUAAUGUAAUACAUGUAAUAAUAAUACUAAUAAGUAACAACAAUAAAUUAAUAAUAACUAACGGCUCGACGGCUAUUUGAGUGGCACUUGAAAAAAAUAAUUACUGCACCAUCUGCUAUCGAUCAGUUACUCUCUGAAAUGCCUGUCAUUAAUAAUGAAUGAUAUGUUUGUCAUUCAUUCAGUAGCUGGCAAACAAAAUAAUAUAUUAAAACAACUUUUUUGCCGAAUAACCGAGUAGAACAUAUAGUACUUAGUAUAAAUGAAUGCAUUCAUAAGGUAUCUAAUAUUUUUUUUUUUAUUUUUAAUUUUUUUAUUUACAAUCUGUUACAUAAAAUGAACAAUAAGUAAAAUAGAUAAGUGAAUAAGUGGCUUGAGGAAAGGAUAGAUUUAAGAAGCCUUCCAGUGAAGACACUUUGUCAGCUAGGUAUCUAAUACUUUAAAAAAAUAUUUUUUUAAAACUUAAACAUUUAGGAAAUUAUAAUAAAUGCCAUACUUAAUUGUUCUACAAUAGUAUUAAUUUGGAAUUAAAAAAAAAAUCUGUAACCAUAACAAAAUAGUAUAAUGUAAAAAAAUAUUUAUGUCAAAAUUAUACCACUUUAUACACUUAAUAAACUUAAUACCUACACAAAUUAUUAUAAUAUAUCAGUAAUAUAUUUCAAAAUAGUACAUUUAUUAUAAGUUAUAACUUAUAACAUUCAAACUAAUUUAACAAUGAAUCAACAUUUUAAGUAGAUAUUAUUAUACCUUCAACGGUUUCCUUAGAUCAAGUCUUAUUUUCUUUUAUCAUUUAAGCUGUAAUAAGAACUUAUUACUUAUAGUACCUACCUACCAUAAAAACAUAAUUCCAUAUAAAUUGGUUAUGUUUUAUUACGAAGAAGGCUAUUAACACUUUGCUGGUAUAAAAUUAUAUUGUGUACAUAUUUAUUAUAAUAUCCAGUAUUACUUUUUAUUACCAAUUAUAAUUUAAAUAUUGUUGCUUAACAUCAUAUUUUAAAAUAGCAUUAUUAUGUGUUAAUAGGUGUAACAGGACAAUGGAAUAGUACGGGGCAUUUUUAUUUUUCAUGAGAAUAUUUUCGUGAGAAGUAAUUUAUGGAGUAACAUUUUCUUAAAGAAAUUAUUUUCCAGAAAUAUUGUUGAUUUUUUUUUAAUUACUUGAUUACAAGUUAUUACGUAUAGAUUAAUUAUUAGAUUGAACUGUGAUUCAAGUUGUUGUUUUCAUUCAUUGUAUUCUUUAUAUUAUAAUAUUUUUUGUAUAGGUACAUAUAUUUGGAAUUAAAUAUAAUAGAUUGGCCUAUAGUCUAUAUUCUAUGGUUAGCAAAAAAUAAACGAAUUUCGUUGUACCCACAAGCAUAAUUAUAUAUGUAUAGCUAUACUCGCUGUAGGUAACAAUAUGCGCAUUGUUUCACAUAAUGUGCAAUUUGGUUCACAGGAUAACCCGCGCGUUCGUUUGUAAAAUAACUGAUACACCUACACCGUAUGUAUCGUCAUUAUAAUAAUAUAAUAUGUUUGCGUAUCGGCCAAUCUGCCGAAAGCCUUGACACAUUUCAAACGAUCAGUUAGUGGUUACAGUUUAGUCAGUUUAUACACUCGCGUAGUCACUAAACAAAUGCUCACAAUAUUAUGUACAUAAUAUUAUUAUGUUUAUGUGUAUAGAUUUAUUAACGACGUUCUGUGCACGUACUAGAACAUAAUUUUCCUAUGUUACGACGGCGGCCGGCCGUGGUGUGUUUUACUGCAUAAUAGAUGCAUAGUAUUAGAAAACCUUUCACACGCACACACCCAGUAGCGCUAUCUUUUUUUUUUCCGACCGAAAGAACACGGUGAAAAGCCCGAGUGAAUAUCUCGUUCUGGAAAAUUCUCAGUGUAGGUAUAUAAUAAUAUAUAGUACCCACCUAGGUGAAAUAUUUUAUGUUAGAAAUUAUUAUAAAUAUAAAUGAGGGUAGACGUCUAUAUUAUAUUUAACGACGCCGCGCCGUUCCGUUUUCGGCCGAGAUAAAAAUUAUAAUUUGCGGAUAAACUGCUGCGGGAAUUCGUGGCGCGUGAUUUACGCGUAUAGGUAUCAUAAAUAUUCAAAAGACGGUUUCUUCUAUUUGGCAAUUUCUUUCCCACCUGCAGUCCCCCGACGGCAAAACCAAAAGUCCGGAACGUACGUACGGUCAUCACACCGUAGACUUAUUGCCACACACGGGUUCCGGUUCCGAUGCGCGUACGGUUUAACAAAAUCCAAAAUGCCCUAAAACUUGGUCGACUAGCCAAUGGGAAACGACGGCGUGUACGAGUUGUUUGGACGUGUGGGUUUUAUGGCUAGAUCUCUCUCACACACACACACACACACACACAGAUACACUUAAAUGUAUAAACGUACGUUCAAAUGAUUAGUAUUUACUUAUAAUUACUAUUUACUAUAUAGUCUGUCGACAUAAAGCUCAAACGAA